UUUUGUUUUAAGUUUGAAUUUGUGAAUCUUGAAUAUUGGAACUAGAAAUUAGUCCAUGGAAGGUUAGAAAAACGCAGAGAGGUAAUGGAUUUCAGAAUUUGGAACAUUAUACAUAGAGAUCAAGAAACCAAAGUGCCGAAGUUUUGGUUGCUACAUGAAUUCAUGUCUCUCCCGAGUAAAGGAAUUAAACAAUUUAAUUUCUUUAAGAAAUAAAUGAAUUGGAGCCCUCACGAUCGCGAUGUUUUUGCCUAUUUAUAUGUGUUUAUGAUGCAGCAUGCAGACCAUACUUACAAGAUACAGCAAGAGUACGAACUCUUCACAGGUUUCUACACCGGAAAUGAAGCCGGAGUUUUACCAGAAGCAGGACUCACAGGAAAUGCAUUUUCUCAAGAAGGAGAUAGAAAAGCUGCAAAUGAAGCAUUUGCGAUUGUUGGGUAAAGACCUUACUGACAUAGGAUUACAAGAAUUGGGAGAGCUAGAACAGCAACUAAAUGAAGGGCUCUUGAGCAUAAAGGAGAGAAAGGAACAAAUAUUGAAGGAGCAACUUGCACAAUCAAGACUGCAGGAACAACGAGCCAUGCUGGAGAAUGAGACUUUACGCAAACAGGUUGAAGACCUUCGGGGCUUCUUUUCAUCCACCAGUCCUAGUCAGCCACUUUCAAUUGAGAACCACCCAGUGGAUUCUGCCAUCGGAGUAGGCUCUGUAAGUCCUGAAACAGUAAGGAAUGUUGGAGUUGUAGAUGACGAUUCAGACACCACCUUGCAAUUGGGGCCCCCGACUGGGGUUCGUCGAAAGAAGACAAGGAUGCCUGAUGGAGAAACACUAAUCAACUGAAAACACAAACCAGCAUACCCUUAUCUUUCUUGUCUCCUUUCAUGUGCAUUAGUACCUUACUUGGAUGAUGUUAUGUUGAAGCAUCAUUCAUAAGUGUAUUAUCUUUUCAUGACUUAAAGAUGAUCAAAACUCUGGUUUAGUUUUAGACAAUUUUAAAUCACAAAGUUCUGGCUUUCAGAAGAAAAAGAAUGUUGUAGUAGUGCCUGAAUAAUUUUCA